AUGGCGCUGCUAGUACUGUUGAUCUACAUCGAGCGCGCCGCCUCUGAGAUCGGUCGACAUCUCGACAGCACCAUGGCGACUUCAUACGAAGAGGAUACCCCGGUCUUAGCGGAAAUACUAAUGGAGAUCGCGCGGAAUUGGUCUGUCGAAGAGGCACAUCAAGUGUUUCCGUAUCACUUGCAGCCACUGGACUGGGAUGAUACUUUUUCCUGGGACGAAGCAAUCGCCAGCGCCUUGCUGGAGGUGUCGCGAUACAGAAAAGACUAUGUCGCAGUGUUCGAAGAUAUUACCGAGAAUGCACGAUGGCGUGUAGGCAAUUCAUUCGAGGAACCGCAGCAUUUCCUCCUCGAAGACGUACUGUUGCUGGUUAAGAAUGCCCAUGAACAAGAAGCUGCCGGCCACAUUUACCGCCGUGCCGAUGCGAUGAAAGGCUCAUACAAGGAGGAUACGCUAGAGCACCUCGAAACAACCUGGAGAAUUGAGGCUAUCGACAUCUUUCCAGAAGAUAUCAGGCCACGGGGCGGAGAGAGCGUAGAUGACUGGUUUCAUGAGUUCAUUCCAAUCUUGAGCGCCAUGUCCAAGGUUGCUUUAGACAUCGGGGAGGUACAACGAGAAACAAGAGUUGCGAUCGAGAACAGAAAGAGGCACCCGAAAGGUAUUGGCAGACCUAAGAAGCAAGAUCAGGUCGAUAAUAUCGGCAUUGUUCGCCUGGAUGAUGUAAAGGACGCACAUAUCGCCCUGAUAGAAGCUCAUAGGAUGUACAACAUCAGACCAGACGUUUCCCCGAACGAACGUGGUCGAGCUGAAGAAUCUGGCAGAGAGUUGGGCGGAGAAAAGGCCCCAGAGUACAUUCCAGAGAUGCCGCGAGCAAUGGCUACAGGACGUCAUCUCUUUAACAACGAUGACGAGCCGGUCAAUGGCUCUCCGAUGCCAUCUCAGCAAUCGUUAGACUUCGAGGCAUACCAUCAGCACACUCCUACGCCGCAACAGAGGGCACCCAUCGGUAUUUUACCCGCUCCAGGACUGUACGCAGGUAGCAUGAACCUCAGGUUCAACGGGCUGCCGGGGCAGCCUUUCCGUCCCCUGCUGCCGCGAGAAAGGGUACAUGAUGCUCUGUUCCAGGAACCAACAAGGCCAUCACAAGCCGAUGAAAGGCCGCCAGCCGAAGGUAAUCCAGCCGCAUCACAAGAGCGUAGACCUCGUGCCCCGGUCGGCCGUCCGACCCGUCAACCUGAGCCGUCCCGCUCGCCUCAUCCGAGGGAUGACCAGGCAGAGUCUCGCAGGUCACGCAGAGAGACGCACCUACGGGAACGCCCUCUCCGUCGGAGCAGAGAAGCGUCUGAAGAAUCCUCGGCCGACAAUGAAAAACGGCUCCGCGCUAAGCGAAAGCGAGAUGUUGAAGACAUCGGAGAGCGCAUUGACUUCCUCAACUUUGGCUACGACUUCGCGCCUCAAACGCCAGAAGAACAGCUCUUGAAGUACGAGAUGGAAUCUGAAGAUGCCCGGUUUCAUGCGAAGCGCUUCAGGAUUAGAGAAGAACGUCAAGCCGACAGGGAAGAGCUUCACGACAACAAGCUCUUAGCAGAGGGUAGAGCGAGGAAAGCGCAGCGCAUGGCGGAUCUUCAGAAGUCCCGGAUCAGGGCAGCCCAGAGAGGAGUUGCCGCCGACGGAGGUCUUUCGUAG